UAUUUAACAGCAUCGUCCUGAAAUCCAUCAAAUUCACUUGGUGGUCUUCUCCCUUUCUCUUUGUAUUAUUCUCCCCUCCCACUUUGAGGCUUUCAAGCUAAGAUUUCAGUAAUGGGAACUGCGGAUGCUUCAAGCAAGGAUGUGGCGUUUAGCUUGGCUGAGAAAAAGCCAAAAGUGGUUUUUGUUUUAGGUGGCCCGGGCAGUGGGAAAGGCACUCAGUGUGCUAAUAUUGUCCAGCAUUUUGGUUACACUCAUCUUAGCGCUGGAGAUCUUCUCCGAGCAGAAAGAGACUCUGGUUCUGAAAAUGGAAACAUGAUUCAGAACAUGAUGAAUGAAGGAAAGAUUGUUCCUUCUGAGGUAACAAUUAAGCUUCUUGAAAAAGCAAUGCUGGAAAGUGGAAAUGACAAGUUUCUUAUUGAUGGUUUUCCUCGCAAUGAAGAAAACCGUGCUGCAUUUGAAGCUAUUACUAAAAUUGAGCCAGAACUUGUCCUGGUUUUUAAUUGUCCUGAAGAAGAAAUGGAGAGGCGAAUUCUUAAUAGAAACCAGGGAAGAGAUGAUGAUAAUAUUGAAACAAUAAGGAAGCGAUUUCAGGUGUUCCUAGAGUCCAGUCUUCCUGUAAUUGAGUACUAUAAGGCAAAGGGAAAGGUUCGAGAGAUUGAUGCUACAAAGUCCAUAGAAGAGGUAUUUGAGGCGGUUAAAGUUAUUUUCUCCCCAAAAGAUGAGGAGGUAAAGAAGUGUUGUGCUAUUCUCUAAGUGCUCUUUAGCUGGAAAACAAAAAAAGAAUUGAGAUUUCAUUGCAUUUGUAGAUAUAAUAAUGUAAAUUAUGAGGUGUAUGUAUAAUUAUAUUGUUUAAUGGUAUUGACUCUGUUGUGUUCUGCAAUGAAUGGCCAUUGAACUUUAUACUAUUUUUUGAAAU